GGUGUAAAUAUGUGGUGAAAUGCGUGGCAUUUAAUUGCAAAACACAUUUCAAUUGCAAUAUUGUAUUGAAUUAAGUGUUGAAACAAUUAAUGCAUUAUUGAAGCCAUGAGUGAAAGCACUCUUCCCAUCGAUAUUCACACCAAUAAACUGUUGGACUGGUUAAUUAGCCGAAGACAUUGUCAGAAGGAAUGGCAGCACUUGUUGUCGGAGAUCCGCACCAAAAUCAAGUCCGCGAUCCAAGACAUGCCUCCAAACGCAUCCAUAUCUCAACUCUUGUCGGGAAAAUACAUCGAGUAUUCGGCGUGUCUUAAGAUUGUGGACAUUUUGGCCGAAACCGAAGUGAAUACUAAAAAUAUUUUCGGUCACUAUUCGUCUCAACGAAUGAAAGACUGGAAAGAAAUCAUCAAAAUGUAUGAAAAGGAUAGCAUUUAUUUAGCCGAUUGGGCUCAAAGUCUGAUCAGAAAUGUGAACUAUGAGGUGCCGUCCCUUAAGAAACAAGCGAUGAAAUGUCAGCAAACAAUCCAAGAGUGCGAGAAGAGUGCCGAAGACUGUGCCAAACAAUCCAAUGCUUAUAAACACGAAUACACUUUAGCCGCUAAUAAUCUGGGAAUUACUGGCCAAGACAUCAGAGAAGAACUCAUGUCUCAACUCAAUAAUCUUCCGGCAAAAUUGGAUGACAUUUUCGCAGACAUAUCACAGCUUUCUCUCGUUAAAGACUACUACAAAACAUUCCUCUCAUUUACUCUUAAAAAAGAUAAAUUGGAUUGUCUUCCGGUGUUGUGUUAUUUACUGGAAAAGGGAAACACCACUUACUUUGAGUACCGGACGGGUGUUGUUCCCGAUGUGAUCGAAGAAUUCAAAUCAACCGUUUGUUUUAGCGAUGAAAAUGUUAGCUCCGCUGAUGUCGGCAACGAUAAUAUCGAUUUCGGGGACGGAAUAGAUUUGGGUGAUGACACGGCCAGCAUUGAGACGCCGUCCACUGGAAAUGGGGAUUUCGUUCACAUCGAAAGGGACGACUUGUCUCAGGAACAGAUAGAUUAUGGCACUGAAGGCGAUGCCAUUAAUUGGGACAUUACUAGCGCUACAAAUGGCGAUGAAAUAAAAGGAUGUGACGGUCCGGUCGGCAAUAUAGCCAAAGGAGAAGACGCACAAACUGUCCUCUUGAACACCACAUCCAGAAAUGAGUUGAUUAACGAACUCAUAGAAAUGGAGGGCUUUCUCGACCAGAGAAUAUACGAAUUGCGUUCGGAUGAAGACAUUGUCUCAUCGAAUCAGUUUCAAAACGCUCCGCCAUUAUUGCAAUUGACAACUCCUGAUGGCGUGACAGCAAUGCUAACAGUAGUUAAGAAACUAUUGACUGCUUUGACAUCUCCUAAAAUGAAAGUUCUUUAUUAUAUGAAAGAUAGCUCUAAAUAUAUAGAGAAUGUGUCGGAAAAGCUUAAACACAUUGAAUCACUAUCAGAGAGGGCUCUCAAUAGAUCCAAACUCCAUGAAAGCAAGCGAAUGGUUGCCAUCGAAGAGAUGAGACUAAUUGAGCCCCAAAUUCCUGUUCUUAUCGAUCAGACACGAGAACUUCAAAGAAAAAUUGAAAGCGAUAUCUCAAAGCGAUAUAAGAAUAGAGUGGUUAAUAUAAUGGGAGGCAUUCAAGUUCUCUGAAGCAUUCAAUCAUUAAUUGCUUGAAUUUGUAUUAAUUUUCAUAAAACUUUAUAUAUUUUAUGAUUUUAUCUAUUGUUCAGUAAUUUAUAAACAAAAAAGAAA